GCAAGACUCCUGGCUGUGGCCCAUGGGCCUCUGAGGAGGCGUUGUAAGUCGGCCCUGCUCUCCACUUGCUGCGCUCCCACUCCAUGGGAAGGGAGCCAAGGUACCGGGCCAAGCGGGUCCAGACGGCAGCACAUGUCCCCAGAGGGCAGAUGAAGCAGGCCUUGUGUACCCAUCAGCUCCGGCCUCCGGACAGCACCAGGAUGGAAGUCAAAAGUCAGCUGAUCAGCUCACCUACCGUCAGCACCCCAGCUGCCCCAUUUGGAGAGGCUGCCCCCCAGGUGAAGUCUGAGCGGCUGCGUGGGCUGCUUGACCGGCAGCGGGCCCUGCAGGAGGCGUUGAGCCUGAAGCUUCAGGAGCUCCGCAAAGUGUGUCUCCAGGAGGCGGAGUUGAUUGGCCACCUACCCCCUGAGUGUCCACUGGAGCCUGGUGAGCGGCCCCAGUUGGUCCGCCGGCGGCCCCCUGCAGCCCGUGCCUACCCUCCACCACACCCCAACCCAGCACAUCACUCCUUGUGCCCUGCCGAGGAGCUGGCUCUCGAGGCCCUGGAGCGCGAAGUAUCUGUGCAGCAACAGAUCGCAGCCGCUGCCCGCCGCCUGGCCCUGGCUCCUGAGCUGACCACAGAGCAGCGCCGGCGCCGGCGCCAGGUGCAGGCCGAUGCACUGCGGAGACUCCACGAGCUGGAGGAGCAGCUCGGGGACGUGCGAGCUUGCCUUGGCCUCCCAGGGCUCCCACCGCCCCAGCCCCUGCCAGUUCCCACGAGUGCACUCAUGACUACCCAGGGAGUCUGUCUGGGCACACGCCUCAAUCAGCUCAGCCAAGAGGACGUAGUUCUGCAUUCGGAGAGCAGCUCCCUGUCCGAGUCUGGGGCCAGCCAUGACAAUGAGGAACCUCGUGGCUGCUUCUCGCUGGCUGAGCGCCCAUCACCACCCAAAGCCUGGGAUCAGCUGCGGACUGUGUCUGGGGGGAGCCCCGAGCGGCGAGCCCCAUGGAAACCACCCCCAUCAGAUCUUUAUGGGGAUUUGAAGAGCAGACGGAAUUCUGUGGCCAGCCCCACCAGUCCCACACGCUCGCUCCCCAGGAGUGCCUCCAGCUUUGAGGGGCGAAGUGUGCCUGCCACUCCUGUGCUCACCCGGGGCUCUGGCCCUCAGCUCUGCAAACCUGAAGGCCUCCAUUCUCGCCAGUGGUCCGGCAGCCAGGACUCGCAGAUGGGCUUCCCCCGGGCAGAGCCUGCUUCCGAUCGCGCCUCCCUCUUCGCAGCUCGUACCCGCCGCAGCAAUAGCUCUGAGGCCCUGCUGGUGGACCGGGCAGCUGGAGCAGGAGCUGCCUCCCCACCUGCCCCCCUGGCCCCCCCUACUGCUGGCCCCCCAGUCUGCAAGAGCAGUGAGGUGCUAUAUGAGCGCCCCCAGGCAGCCCCAGCCUUCUCCUCCCGCACAGCUGGUCCCCCAGACCCUCCCCGAGCAGCCCGGCCUAGCUCAGCUGCCCCUGCCUCCCGCGGGCUUCCCCGCCUCCCACCUGUGUGUGGGGACUUCCUCUUGGACUGUGCCCUCGACCGGGGCCUGCCCCUCCGUGGUGGUAGUGGGCCAGCAGGCUGGGGGGAGCUGCUGCCUGCAGCUGAGGUCCCAGGACCCCUGUCCCGUCGGGAUGGGCUCCUGGCCAUGGUCCCUGGCCCACCACCUGCAUAUGCCACUGAUGGUAGCAGCCCCCUCCUCCGUAGCAAGGACCUGCACACCCGUGCUGCCCGCACGAAGCCCUGUGGCCUGCCCCCAGAGGCUGCUGAGGGUCCAGAGGGCCAUGCCAACCCUCUGCUGUGGAUGCCCCCACCCACCCGCAUCACCCCCGCUGGUGAACGUGGUCACAAGAAUCUUGCCCUGGAGGGGCUGAGGGACUGGUACAUCCGGAACUCGGGACUGGCAGCGGGGCCCCAGCGCCGGCCAGUGCCUCCCCAUGCAGGCCCGCCACACCCACCCUUCCUGCCUUCCCGCUGCUUUGAGGUGGGCCAAGCGCAGUACGGGGCUUCGAGCCAGGCGCCUCUCCCACACUCGAGGAGUUUCACGGCGCCCCCUGUCUCUGGCAGGUACGGAGGAGGGUGCUUUUACUGAUGGGUUCGGGGGUCUCUUGAGGUAGCUGCUGAGGUUACCAGCACAGGCCAGGGAGCUGCCAGACACAGUAGCUAAUGACUUAGACCCCACAAGGAAUCAAGUGGCAGCCUCAGCCUGGGGGUAGGGAUGGAGUGAUGGGGGGCACUGCUGGCACUAGUGCUCGGGGACUUGGUGACAGCAGGUCUGUAGCAGGCUACUGGAGACUGGGUUUGAACAGAAGCCAGGCCACUGAGAGGGAGGCACACCCUUGCCCACCUUCCUCUUCUGCAUGCCCCAAGCUUGGGAACCCAGAAGUGUGGUGCUGUGCUGUGCUGUGCCUGCCUCCACCUCUUUAAUGAGCCUCUUCCUCUCUCUCUCUUUCCAUGUCUUGUCUGUUUCUUCUCUUCUCCAUCUGCCCUGCCUGUCUUCCGGAUUCCUGCUACCCCCUCCAAAGAUACUACGCGGACUUCCUGUAUCCCCCGGAGCUGAGUGCUCGUUUAAGUGAUGUGACGCUAGACGGGGACCAGUCCUCCAGUUCUGACCCCCAGACUCCAGGGACGCUGGUCUGACCUGGUUCUGAUAACAUCCCCGUGUUGGCCUGGGCAUGACUCCAGUCUGGGGAGCACAUAGCUCAUCUUGUUGAGCCCUGAGACAGAGCUGCUGCUGUCAGUCUCAGGGGGUGAGGUGGGGUAGGGGUAGCACCAAGCUCAUCUUCCAAGGCCCCUGGCUCCCUGAGGCCCAGGAGUGGGACUGACAGCCUGCUCCUCCUCUAACACUGUGCCGGGGACUGAGGGACCCUAGCCAGCUUCAAGGAGGUAGGAGUGCAAUCAUGGGGGGGUCCACGCCCCUUCCUCCAUUUCUGUUUACAGUUGUGAUUUAGGUAUUCACUGUCUUCUCCUACUCCCCCACCCUGCCCCCGCACUAGGCAUUUUAUUAAAAAAGGGAAACUGUGAUCUUAUCCUGGUUGGGUUCAUUCCUGUCCCCAUGCCCAACCUAUUCCAUGCAGGAACGCCCUCCCACAGAAUGGACCAGGUAGGGUCUCGGGGCCCUGUUUGGCACAGCCAGGAGACUCUGGUAUGAACAGGACUCCCUGCCACACUCCCCACCAGGGCAGUUUUUGGGGAGAUGGGCACUAUGCUCACAUUUGGAAGGAUCAAAGGCUCUGGGUGUAGUGCCCGAAGGAGCCCCCAUCGCUGUCUGGGCCCUCAGCCUCUGCCCUGACCAUGCCCAAUUAGGAGGCACCAUAGGAGGGGCCAGGGGCAGAGCCAGCGGGUUCAGGUUGUGUCCUGGGAUGCUGCUGUGGUUGAACCUGGCAUCCAAAGAUGCCAAUAAAAUCCUCAGGUGACGUUCGGCCACGGGCCACAGGCCACGUCACGUCUUCCUUGUCUUUCCUUCCAUUCACUUUUUAAACGAAUCUACACAAGCUGUGUUUUCUAUAUCUGUCUGUGAUUUUCUGGAGUUGGGGGUUCCCCUGCCCCCUUAACCUGGUGUUCAACUUUUCUUUUUGUACAAAUGGAUCUGGGCCCAAGACACUACUCACACUGGAAGGGGAUUUCUAUAAUAAAUGUGCAAACU